AUGACAGAAGAGCGUAGGUAUUCAUGCGAAACCGCCGCCGAUACUUUCAAAUGGAUUAACGACAUCAUCAACUUCCUCAAUCCCUACUUUUCCAUCUUCAUCAAUGCUCACGUCGUCCAUUUCUUCAAGGAUCGAUUAUGGGAGAAUGUUAAUGCGGAAUGGAUCGAUUGCCUGCGAAGAGAACCAGUUCAAAAUCUUCUCUUGAUACCUUCUGGAGUAGUGCAGGAUCAAUGGCCAGCUUCUCUGAAGGAUUUCAUCCUAAAAUUGAGGUCUAUGGUACUUUGUCAAGAACAAGCAGAUAUAAACAUGGCUUUACCUGGUUUGCGGAUGACUUCACUUAACAGAGUUCUUGCCCAAGGCAUGAAUGCGAAGAAAAGACAUGAAGUAGAAGCUCUUUCUGCUGUUGUAAGUACAGUUGCAGAGAGUGUGAGGGCUCAUGCCAUUCUGGAUGUUGGUGCUGGUCAGGGUUAUCUUGCACAAGUACUUGCCUUUCAAUAUCAGCACCCUGUCAUUGCCAUUGAUGCAUGUUCUCACCAUGGGAUGGUCACUGAUGCACGGGCAGAGCGGAUUAAGAAGCACUACAAAUCAAAGAUGGUAAAGUCUAGAUCAGACAUGCAGAGUUUGAAUAUACCAAAGACAAUCACAUGUCGUGUGUUGUCCAUUGAAUCUUUGAAAGCCUUGGUUGAAACAUCUUUGCCUGCAGAUGACCUUGAGCAAUCUAUGUUAAAGGGAGAAAAUCAAGAACAUAAAGGGAAAUUACAUUGUCCCAGUGACGCAAACAACAGACCUCCCACUGUUCUUGCAGGGCUUCAUGCAUGCGGUGAUCUUUCAGUGAUUAUGCUGAAGACUUUCUUAGACUGCAGAGAUGUUAAAGCUGUUGUUAGUAUUGGUUGCUGUUACAAUCUACUAUCUGAAGAAACCAGUAGGGAUGGUGAAUCUCAAUGUGGAUUUCCAAUGAGUCAUGCUGUGAGAUCCACUGGCUUAUCACUAGGAAAAAGCGCACGUGAUCUUGCUUGCCAGAGUGCAGAGAGAUGGAGGAGCCUUGAUAUGCAUGCUGGCAUUCACAACUUUGAGUUACACACUUUUCGCGCUGCUUUUCAAAUGGUUCUUUCGAAAUAUUAUCCGAAAGUUGUGAUGAGUACUCCUUCAAUUGGGCGUAAAGGAAAGGCUCUGCGUAGGCAAAACCAAAGGAGAUAUACAGGGUUGGAGCUGCAUCUCAAAGGAAGUGCUUGUCAUAUGAGACAAAGUUUCCCUGCUGAAUCCAAAACUGAAGGGACUUUUGGCUCUGCAUCAGAAAAUCAAACCCUACCUGGUGAAAUUUCUUCCAAUGAAAGUGCUGGAUGUGAAGGGACAAAAAUUGAUAACAGUUUCGAGAAUUUUGAGAAAUUUUGCCAGUCUGGAUUGUCUCAUCUUGGAAUCAAACGUUCAAAUGAUGUAAACCUGCAAAGCAUAUGGAAGGAAGCAGAACCAUUUGCUGACCUUGUAGGACCAUAUUGGUCUCUCAGAGCUGCUUUAGGGCCUCUUUUGGAAACUCUUAUUCUGCUUGAUAGGUUAUUGUUUCUUCAAGAGCAAGGCAGUGUAUUGGAAGCCUACCUGUUACCAAUAUUUGACCCAAAUAUAUCUCCCAGAAAUGUGGCUAUAAUUGCAAAGAAGAUUGACAAAGAUUUAAGAUCCUCCUGA